AACAAUUCUGGCUAACGCGUAUGGAAGACUGGAAACAGGAAGUUCAUUAACUUCACUGAGACGUUACCCGUUGUCAUCUCAACUAAACUCGAUUCAAUUCAGUUCAACUCACCAGCUCUAUUCUGUCCUUCGAAAGGGUUUUAAGGCUUUGUGAAGAUGAGUGACAAUUUGAUGGAGAAAGUUAGCGCCUUUGGCGAACGCCUUAAGAUUGGAGGGGCUGAGGUGAGCCGCAAAAUGAGUGAAGGCAUGAGCCAAAUGAGCUUUAAAAUGAAGGAGCUUUUGCAAGGCCCAAACCAAGUUGAUAAGCUUGUUGAGGAUGCCACAUCAGAGACCUUAGAGGAGCCUGACUGGGCCAUGAAUCUUGAUCUUUGUGACAUGAUGAAUACUGAGAAAAUUAACAGUGUUGAAUUGAUCCGUGGCAUAAAGAAGAGGAUCAUGCUGAAGAACCCCAGAAUUCAAUACUUGGCUUUGGUGUUGCUUGAAACAUGUGUUAAGAACUGUGAAAAGGCUUUCUCAGAGGUGGCAGCAGAGAGGGUUCUUGAUGAAAUGGUCAAGCUGAUUGAUGAUCCUCAAACUAUUGUUAAUAAUAGGAACAAGGCUUUGAUGCUAAUUGAAUCUUGGGGUGAGUCAACAGGGGAACUCCGCUACUUGCCUGUUUAUGAAGAAACAUACAAGAGUUUAAGAUCCAGAGGCAUUCGAUUUCCAGGACGUGACAAUGAGAGUUUGGCACCUAUUUUUACUCCUCCACCUUCAGCACCAGAAGUGGAUGCUUCUCUUGCACGGCAAAUGCGGCAUGAUAUUCAGGUACAAAGUUUUUCUGCCGAACAAACAAAGGAAGCAUUUGAUGUGGCACGAAACAGUAUUGAGCUUCUUACAACAGUUUUAUCCUCUUCACCCCAACAAGAUGUUUUGCAGGAUGACUUGACCACCACCCUCGUACAACAGUGCCAUCAAUCUCAGUUCACUGUCCAGAGAAUCAUUGAAACUGCAGGAGAUAACGAGCCCUUGCUCUUUGAAGCAUUGAAUGUGAAUGAUGAGAUCCAGAAAGCUCUAUCCAAGUAUGAGGAUUUGAAGAAGCCAUUAGUGGCUCCUGCUGAACCAGAACCUGCUAUGAUUCCCGUAGCUGUCGAGGCUGAUGAGUCUCCUCGUCAUACAAAAGAAGAUGCUCUUAUUAGAAAGUCAUCUGGUUCCCAAGGUGGAUCCCAUGGAGCAAGCAAUGACGACAUGUUGGAUGAUCUUGACGAAAUGAUUUUUGGUAAGAAAGGCAGCGGGGGUACAUCCGAAGGUGGACAUGAUUCAAAGAAGCAGCAAAAUCCGAAAGACGAUCUCAUCAGCUUCUGAGCUGGGUUGGUAAUCAUACAAAUUUUCAUAUCUUAGGACAGGAGGCCUCGCAUUCUACCACUGAUGUACAAGAGGCUAUUUAAUUGUUGAAGACAAUUAUGUUUGAUUUCAAAAAAACCUUAUAACCUUGGUGAAAACGAACAUAGGCUUCUCUUUUGAAGUAUUACUUCCCUUGUUUCCUCAUUUCGUGUAAUUAUUUCACAGUUGGAUUGGCUACAUAAUUGCUUUAUGAAGUAUAUAUUGAAGUAUUGACAUUAUAACAAAAAAAUAUUUGAGCUC